UUCAAAACCCUCCCCACCUAUCUCUAUUGUCUUCGCCAUAGCUCGAAAACCAGAGAUCAUCCCUCCGUUUCCCGUACCACAAAUGGCAGCGAUGCGUAGUUCCCUCCGAUCGCAAUCCCCGAAACUUCAACACCUCGUCCAGACCUUCCGGCCACUCUCCUCCGCCGCUGCCGUCGUCUCCGGCGAUCACCACCGGUCACCGCCCAACCACAGGUUCCGGCCACCGAACGAGUUCCUCAACAGCUGGAAGCCGCCCAAGGAUCCGAAAGAGGCUGAGGCCAAUCUCGCCGAGCUGCGGCGGGACUAUGCCAAGCAGGUGAAGCAGCUCCGCAAGGAGUACAUAGAGGAGAUGGAGUUGCAGCGGCUGGAGAAGCAGCGCAAGGAUGAGGCCCGCCGCGAGGCCAUUCGUGCCGCCAACGAGGAGCGGAGGGCUGCCAAGGCCGCCUCCAGGAAGGUCAUAGCCGCUCAACGAGAGAUCGCCCUGGAAGAGUUCCGCCAAACCCUAUUGAAAGAAAGAGCACAGAAGCUUGAAUAUUGGAGGAUGAAACAAAAUCAAAUUGAGGACAAGAAGAAAGAAAAGAAUGAGGUUCUGCAUCGGCAAAGUUCAAUGUGGGUAGAUGAAGCCGACCUUGAGAAGAAGAUUCUGGAAGCGAUUGUUGAUACUACUCCCCUUUGAUUUACAUCUUUUGUUAGAAUUCAACAUGAUGAUAGGAACUCUCAGAUGAAAUAGAUGAGGCGACUUUUUCUUUCCCUUCCAUUUGCAAUAUUUUUCAGUGUUUUGAGAUAGAUGAAGCAACUUCUUCUAGCCAGUCCAUUUGCAAUAUUAUCUGUGGCAUGAUUAACACCGUUUCUUCUGACACCCAGUUGCUUUUUAUGGUUUCUACUUACAUUUAUAGUCAUUUAAA